GGUGGCAGCCGCCUGUCGGUUUCCCAAGAUGGCGGCGGGUGCCUGAGGGGCCGAGCGGAGCUAGGCGGUGGCUGGGGGUCGGGCGGUGGCUCCGGCUGCUGGGGAGGGUCCUGCUCCGCGCCCUCUCCCCCCCCCCCCAUCCGGCGCCGGGGCACUAGGAUGGUAAAAUGACCCAGGGCGGCAAGAAGAAGAAGCGGGCGGCGAACCGCAGCAUCCUGCUGGCCAAGAAAAUCAUCAUCAAGGACGGCGGCACGCCUCAAGGAAUAGGUUCGCCUAGUGUCUACCAUGCUGUCAUAGUCAUUUUUUUGGAGUUUUUUGCAUGGGGACUCUUGACAGCACCAACGUUGAUGGUUUUGCACGAAACUUUCCCAAAGCAUACUUUUCUGAUGAAUGGCCUAAUCCAAGGUGUAAAGGGCUUGUUGUCAUUCCUCAGCGCCCCUCUGAUAGGUGCUCUUUCUGAUGUUUGGGGACGAAAGUCUUUCUUGCUGCUAACAGUUUUUUUCACUUGUGCACCGAUACCACUAAUGAAGAUCAGUCCAUGGUGGUACUUUGCUGUUAUCUCUGUUUCUGGGGUUUUUGCAGUGACUUUUUCAGUGGUGUUUGCGUAUGUAGCAGAUAUAACCCAAGAACAUGAAAGAAGUAUGGCUUAUGGACUGGUUUCAGCAACUUUUGCAGCAAGUUUAGUUACCAGUCCUGCUAUUGGUGCUUACCUUGGUCGAACUUAUGGCGACAGCUUGGUAGUGGUCCUAGCUACUGCUAUAGCUUUGUUGGAUAUUUGUUUUAUUCUUGUUGCUGUACCAGAAUCAUUGCCAGAGAAGAUGAGGCCAGCAUCUUGGGGAGCACCCAUUUCAUGGGAACAGGCUGACCCAUUUGCAUCACUUAAGAAAGUGGGUCAAGAUUCCAUAGUGCUGCUAAUCUGCAUAACAGUAUUUCUCUCCUACCUCCCAGAGGCAGGGCAAUAUUCCAGCUUCUUCUUAUACCUCAGACAGAUAAUGGGAUUUUCGUCUGAAAGUGUUGCAGCGUUUAUAGCAGUCCUAGGCAUUCUCUCCAUUAUUGCACAGACAGUAGUCUUGAGUUUACUUAUGCGAUCUAUUGGAAAUAAAAACACCAUCUUGCUGGGUCUAGGAUUUCAAAUAUUACAACUGGCAUGGUAUGGCUUUGGCUCAGAGCCCUGGAUGAUGUGGGCAGCAGGGGCUGUUGCAGCAAUGUCUAGUAUUACGUUCCCAGCAGUAAGUGCACUGGUUUCACGAACUGCUGAUGCUGAUCAACAGGGUGUUGUUCAAGGGAUGAUAACAGGAAUUCGAGGAUUGUGUAAUGGUUUGGGACCAGCACUCUAUGGCUUUAUAUUCUACAUAUUCCAUGUAGAAUUGAGUGAACUUCCAGUGCCUGAUAUUAAACCGGAAGGUAAUAUGGACACACAACACCAUUCACAACAGAACUCUAUCAUUCCUGGACCACCAUUCUUGUUUGGAGCAUGCUCUGUGCUGUUAGCUCUCCUUGUUGCCUUGUUUAUUCCUGAACAUACUAAUCUAACUGUACGAUCCAGCAAUUGGAAGAAACACUGUGGCAGUCAUAGCCAUCCACACAGUCCACAGGCCCCUGGUGAGGCCAAAGAACCUUUACUGCAAGACACAAAUGUAUGACAGCAAAACUCAAAAGACUCCCCCCUCCUCCCCCUGAUCUGCAGCGCUGGAGAUUACAUUCCGUCAAGCAUGUGAUUUCUUAAGAUAACCUUAAGAAAUUUAUGCAUGAAACUUGUAGGAACUACAAACAGGAACUGGAAAUUUCUCUAAAGAUGUUACAAUUAAAUUAAUAAUUUGCUUUUAAAAAAAUAUUAAGCACUGGUCUCUUGCCCUGAUAUAUUGUUAAUUAUAUUAACCUUUACAUCCUAGCUCAAGAGACAUAAGAAAUAAAGUCAAGGUAUUAGUAUGUGUCCCUACACCCAUUUUCUUAAGGUGUUGAGCUUUAAUUCUCUUCAUACUAAGUCUCAGUGAGACAUACUAGCAUAUAUGUGGACCCAUUAAUUUUAAUGUUGGAAAAUCUUGGGUCAGGUGAUUCAAAGCCUUAAUGUAAAUGCACUCAAGUAAGAAAACGUGUUUUUUUUUUUAAUUUUACAAUCACUGUAUUUGUAUUAAUACAAAAUUACAUGAGCAUGCUUACUGAACAGUUGAAAGCUCUUUUUAUGUAAGUGCGUUACUCUUAAUUCUAUUUUUUAGUACGAUAUAUAUCAGAUAUGGAGUAUUUAAAUAGCAAGUUAUGAGCCAAUAAGUUUUUAAUAUUGGUUCUAAAGCCGUGCUUUCCUAAGUAGUUUAUUAUACCACUGUUUCUGAGCAUAAUCAUGAAGACCUCAAAACUUGAAUAUACAAAGUGAAAUAAGUUGAUAGCCUUGAAAAUGUCAAUGUACUAUAUAGUGGCCUUUCAGGACUGUCACAGUUAAUACUUUUGUUUUGCAGAGCUAAUGUUUUAGUCCUAAACUUUCAGGACCCUAGUACACAACAGAGCUUUAUACAAUUACUGAUGUGAAUUUAUUUCUCUAAAGUGUAUAUUUUUGUGUCCAGUUGUAUUAUUUAAGUGUUCCUUUGUAUAAAUUUGUGUAUAAAGUACUGUAUAGUUUAAAAUGUUUUCAUCUUAUGUGGUUAUUGCUCAGUGCUUUUUUAACUUUGAACAUUUGCCAUGGUUGACUAAAAGCUGGAAAAUAUGUGAAUAAAGUUGACUAUUUUAUGAAUUUUUAAAUAA